UCGAAGGUCAAAGGCGGUGUCCCCUUCAGCCCACCGUUGCUUCGCGACUAAGCCAAAACUGUUGAGUUCAUCCACACUUGAAAAUCACUCAUAAACAUCCUUUCUACACUCUACUACAAAACUAACCGAUCCAAGCGAAUCAUCGGACAAGAAAAUGGCCGACGAGAAGUCUGUAAUGGCGGUGAUUAGGGCAGCCAGGCCAUCUUUUAAAAACAAUGCCGAUAAGGUUGUUUUUGCCGUUCACGCUUCUUUCCUCGCUGCCGGUUACGUGCUCACUGCCACUGGACCGCCUGCUUUCUCCGAUACUGCCCUUUACUCUUCCUCUACUGAUGAGGUGGGGAUUGAACACUGGAAUGAUUCCGAUAACGAAUAUGCUUUCGUGUAUUUAAACCCCGAGAAGGGUGGAAACAAGGUGUUAGUUAAGUGUUUGGUCAUGGAUGAUAAGUUGCUUAUCGAUGCUUUGGCUGACGGGGCGUCGGAGCCGGUUCAUCUAGAAAUCAAUGUAAUCGACUUUGUUGCGGAGAAUGGAGGCGGAAAUUAUUCAGCUCAGUUCAAGAAUAUGGAGAAGCUUGUUAAGAAUCUUGAUGCGGAAAUUUUGACUAAGUUGGAUGGUUCCUCUUCAAAAGCACGCUCCUCGAGCAAUAAAUCAAAAACAAAAACGAGUGAUGGCUCAAGUCGUGGUCGUGGCAUAAAUGAACCUGGAGUUCGAAUUACUGAACCGGCAGGUCCUCAAAUUCAUCCUUCAGGAAUUAUAUAUCCUCCUGUUAAUCCAGUUGGUGGUAGUGAUCUUUUUCCUGGUCCUGGUGCUGGAAUGUAUCCAACAAGGGGUGGCUUCGGUGGUGGGAGCAUGCUUCUAGGACCUAAUGAUCCUCAAUGGCUUGGAGGAGAGCAAAAUUUUCCUGGGGGACAACCCAGGGGUGUUCCUCCAGGUGCCCGUUUUGAUCCUUUUGGUCCACCUGGGGUUCCUGGUUUUGAGCCUAAUCGAUUUGUCAGAAACCCACGCAGACCUGGAAGGGACACUCAUCCAGAUCUUGAGUUUUUCAGUAGUGGUUCGGAUUUCAUUUAAGCUUGUUCCUUGAAAAUUUGCAUUUUCCUUUUGUCUAAACAUAUAUAUAAGAUGAAGGUCGCCAGAAACUCGGUUUAUCUAUAAUGAUUCUGUAUCUAGUUUACAGGUCACAAGGCAUUGUAUAUAUUGUUGAAUUAAGAAAUGGGCAUGCCGAUGGUUUUUAUA